AUGGAGGUGCAGGGAUGGAAGAAGAAGUGCCGGACCUUGGACUCAACGCUUGCGGCCAAGGCCCCAGAGGAGGAGGAAGAGGCUGCAUGCACACCAACGAUCAAGGUAGUUGAUCCAAUUGCAACGACGCCGUCGCCACGACGCAGACCGUGCGACGAUAAUGCGCUACCGAUCGACAUCAACACUGCGUCCGGCGCCGACCUGCGGCGCGUGCCGGGCGUCGGCCUCGUGCUCAGCGAGCGCAUCAUUGCCCAUCGCCCGUACCGCUCGAUUGACGCGCUCGUGUACGUGCCAGGGAUCGGUGUUCGCUCGUUCGCCAAGAUGCGCCCAUGGCUCGCGCCGCUCCAGCCCCAUGUCGCUCCCGCCAUGUUGUGCGAGCGUGUGCCUGCGUCUCGACAAUUGCACUUUCCAAAGGGCGCGCCAACGUACGCGAUAGCGAGCUGGAACCUCUGCAACCUCUCCAAGAAGCGCCCGACCGACUCGCUGCGUCUGAUCGCCGAGAUCUUUGCGCCCUUUGAUCUCGUGGCGCUUCAGGAAGUGCGCGAUACGCUCGUGCUCAAGAAGCUGCGCGCGCUGCUGCGGGGUUGGGACUACGUGGUCUCGGGCCGCGUCGGCGGUGCUGCCCGUGGCGAGUACUUUGCCUUCUUCUACCGAAAAGCCAAGUGGCAUCGCCCGACGGUGCAGCACUUGCCCGAGGCCCACGACGGCCUUGACGCGUUGCAUCGCCGCCCGUUUGUCGUGCAGGCCCAUUCCGUGUGCAGCCGCCUGGCCAUGACACUGGUCAAUGUCCACAUCGUCUUUGGUCGCGAGGCCGGACGCCGCAAGCGCGAAGUCGACGGCCUCGUAGCACUCACGGCCGCGCUUCAUGGCCACGUGGUGUUGCUCGGCGACUUCAACUUGCCGCCGUUCGACCUCGGCCUCUCGACGGCGCGCUGGCUGCCACUGAUCAACGCGCCGCUGACGACCACGAUCGGAAACAACCUGUACGACAACAUUUGGGUGCGCGGCACCGAGGACAUGAUCUUUGGCGACUUUGCUUUUUGCGCGGGCGUGGAUCGCGUGGACCAGCGGUACUUUCCAGCGACCAAGCAGCGCGCGAAAGAGGCUCGACUGCAGUGCUGCAGCGUCCUCUCCGACCACUGCCCCGUGAUCACACUGUAG